GGUGGCGGUGUGAAGGGAGACAUGAGAGUACCAGCGGCAUCUGUAUACCGUUCAGGUGUCACAGGUUUGGGUGGUGUAGGGGUGGCAUCGGUCCCUGCUGCACACCCGCACAUUGACCACGAUGAAGAACAGAUCUCUCGUCUUGCACACCACCUCUCUCAGAUCUCCGGGGACCAAGAUGGGUUACAGGUCUUGGAUCAGGAGGAUUUGGCUGCAUUGCUUCCAGAUGUCAGCAGUGGUAGCGGUCACCAAGAUGGGUCAUCUGUCUCUCUGGAUGGGUUCACAGAUGACGUGGUGGUGUCCCAGACUGGGUCGGACACUGAGGGUGAAGACCACGGCUCAGACGUAACUGGUGAUGUUGACGACGACUUGCCAGAUGUAAUUGUGCGUGAGGCUAUUAAGUCCAUGACAAUUGUUGGGGAGGCUGCUCUCAAGUUCAACACAGUGUUGAUGGAGGACCUGGAUGAUGUUGAUGGUCGCUCUCGUCCUCAUGGUCACCCACAUUCACAGCAAUCAGGGCAGACUCGUGUUAGUCAACAACAACGAAUAGCUCGAAGUCCUAGAGCUGACCUGAGCUUGAGGCAGCGGGAUGAAGCAGAGUUAGCAGACAAACGUAGGCGUGGAAGGCCUCCUCGAGCAGGAUUGGUAGGGAAAGAUAAUCAGCAGGAAGAAGACCCAGAUCCUCCUCCAAUGCCAGAACUGGAGAGCUAUGUUCCUUUAGACUGCAAUGUUUCCAACGUUUCUCCAGAUAGUGGUAUUCAGUCUGUGAGUGGUUCACCUUUGCAUCACAUUGGAUCCCCUCCACAACAUCACUCCCCGUUAUACAGUGCAGGCAAGAGUGGAGAUGGGUCUGGCAAUCACAAUAGACCCUAUUCUCCAACUUUGGCUUCGCAAGACUCUCCACCUCCCCCUACAUUGUUACCUGCUGUCACUCCUCCACAUUUAUUAAGCUCUCCACACUAUGAUUAUGAUUCUCCAAACUCCCCUCAAAUGCCAGCACUCAAGUGCCAAGUGGACCCACCGCCUUUGUUACAUGCUGAUAAUGCCAAGAGAGCAAGCCUUGAAGAACAAGGAACACUCAAGAGAAGAGGACCAGGCCGACCCAAGAAAAGUACAGACAAACUGAAAAGACCAAGAGGUCGACCCAAAGGAUCCAAAAAUAAGAGCCCAAAGACUGUGGAGGGUGUGGUAGACUUGGAACUCAAGGAAAAUGGAACAAAACUCUUAGGAGACUCUGAUAGCUUCACAUGCUACAGAACAGAAAUGGGGCCUAGUGCAUUUGUUGUACCCCAUGUGCUAGAUGUGUGUGGUGAGGAGAAAUGGAGCCAUAGUUUAGAUGCAGAGGACCUUCCCCCUCCCCCAGAACCCAUCCCACCCUUAAGACGUGGACCUGGGAGGCCAAAGAAGAUUCCUCCUGUGCUAGAACCCAGUGUACCCCUCCAGGAACCACAGUUAAACAAAGUACAAAGUGAGCACAAAGCUGAGCCUUGUGCAGAAGAUAGUGCCAACCUUUCUAGUGCCAAGCCUCAAACUCCAGUAGUCAGUUGUGAGCCAUCCAGUCCAGUGAAGUGUGACCAUGUGAAAAGAAAAGACAGACCCACCAAGGGAAAGAGGCCUGUUGGCAGGCCAAGAAAAUACCCCAAGAGGGAUGACCUUGAUAGUCUGAACAAUCUGCCUGCUACAGCUGCAAGUAAGAAGUGCUUUAGUGAAAGAAUAAUGCACAAAAUUAUCAACGAGAAAGUUCGCAACAGUGAGAAAUCUGAUAAAUUAUCUGCCCGAGUACAGGAUGUGGAUGAUAGCAAUGAACCAUUUGGGGAUCACUAUCCAUUUCUUGAUCAUCCUGUUGGACUCAUGACACAAACAGACCUGAAAGAUAAUGAAAGGAAAAGAAAAAAAUUAUUGAGAGCAAAGAUAAACAGUGAAGGCAUACCAACAGAAGGGAAGAGAAAGAGAGGAAGGAAAAAGGAAUUGCCAGCCAUAUUUGAGAAGGUUUAUGGAAGUCAGGAGCUGAAGACUAAGAUCAAGAGUGAAAAUGGAAAGCCAUCUCUCUGUGCCACCACGUUGUCGUAUAAACAGAUUCAUAAAAGAAAGAAAAAGAAACCCAAGCACUUCAAAAGCAAACACAAAAACAUUGUUGAUCCUGUAUUUCUUGCUGACUUGGAAGACUUGACGGCUGGGAUGCAGCAGUGCUCCAUCUCCAAAGUACCAAUCAUUCAGCAGACCAAACCUGGUGAAAUCCUUUUGCCAUCUAUCUUUCGACUGAGAAAGGUAUCUCUGGCUGCCAAGAAGCGAAGAGGAAGUGAGAAGACACGGACAAGUGACCGAGAAUCAGGAACAGAAGGAGAGAGUGGGAAGGAGAAGGCUUCGGGGAAAAGGAAGAAAAAAAUGCAAGAAAUUCCAAAACAGGGCCGAGAACGAACUGAAGCAAAUGAACAAAGAUUACCACUGAAAAAGCGCCAUCGCCAUAUCUCCACAGCAGUGCCAGCUACUCCAGAACCACCAAAAGUUGAUAACAUCAAGAGUGAGGUUAUUGUAACAAAAGCCAGUGAAAAAGCAAAUUGUGUUGAAAAGGAGACCAGGCUUGAAAAACAAGAUAAAGAGAAAUCAGAGAAGAAUGAACAGAGGGCAGAAAAAGUUCCUGUGCCCAAAACUGGACUUCUGACUGAAACACACAAGCCUGUUAGAACAGAGAACAAACUCAUUAGACAGAGCAGCUAUGAACUGAACAAGAAAUCUGAUGAAGCUGAAAUUGUUAACACAGUUGCAAAGAAGUUAGAAGAUGAGGUUAUACCAAAGGCUACAGAUGCUGAAGAGCCUUUAAAAAUCACUGAAGUUGUAGCUUUAAAGAAGGCUGAUGAGGCUGAAAAGGAAAACAAGGCUACCAGAGUCAGCAUAGUAGAUCCAGUUGAAAACAAAGCAGUAGAGAAGCCAGAUGCAGUCUCUAAAUCCACUGAAAUGCCAAUAUCAACACGAACAACAACCACGCCUAAGAAACGACACAGGUUGGAAGUAGACCUAUCAACUUCCCCAGCAGCAACAACCCGAGCAAAUGCGGGAUUAGUGAAGAGCAAGACUGAGAAGGAGAUACCAAAGGUCAAGGAGAAGGAAGUGACUUCACUCAAAACCCCAGUAACCAAGUCCCCAAAAGCCAGUAAGGAACCAUGCAUUAAAGAGGUUGAGACUUCACCACCUGCAGUGCUUAAAGCAGAGGAGAAAUGUCCUGAUGACAGUCCUAAGGUCAUGCCUGUUGAAGAAGUGAAGCCCAGUAGUGAUACAGCAGUAACCGAAUCCCAAGUACCUGUUGAAUCAGUGACAGAAACAAAUGUUGCUGUUGAAUCUAAACCUGAAACCGAGCCCAUCAGAGAAAGCUCUGGUACACACUCAGAUAGUGAUAUACCAAGUGAGCAUGAGCCACUCUAUGAAAGUGAUCAGAGUGGUUUCAUGUCUGACAAAGAGGGACCCAAAGAAAUACCUGUGAAGGUGCCACAGAAGAGACGUAAGAAGAAACGGGAGCUAAGAUCUCCCAUUCCAAAAGUAACAGAUAAGCCCACUCCUGCAGAGGUCACAGAGGACAAUGAGCCACCUCCACCAAAGAAGAAGAAGAAGAUCAAGAGACGAAAGACCAACCGAACAGGCUUCCCAACCAUCAGGAAGAAGAAAAGAAAGCCCAAAGAUCCCUCUUCACAGAAGGAUGAUGAAAAUGGGGAAGAGAAGAGUCCGGAUGCUGAAUCCAGUGUUGAAAAUACCAUGGAAUGUGAUAGCAGUGAGAAAAUGAUGGAAUCUGAGCAGGAGAAAGGAACUGAAAUAGAGAAGGAGGAAUCACAACAAGAAUGUGAAACUGAAGAGGCAAAAUUGUCCUCAGAUAAAAGUGAGAAAUCUGUAUCAAAGAGCCCUGUACCAAAACCAGUGCCCAGGCCAAGAGGGAGGCCAAAAAAGAUAAACACAGAUGCCAAACCAUCAAGAACCCCAUCAGAAUCUCCGUCUCAGUCUCCUGAAAAAGCUCCAAAGCAACUUCGAGAAUCAUUAAGAGAAAGAAGGUCAGGAAAGGUUACAGAUACUCCUCAAGAAGAAAAAAUCUCUGAACCAGAUCAAGAUGAACAACAGCUUGAAAAGAUCUUGGAAAGGGUUGCAACAGGUAUAGGAGGAAGAACACGUAGGAAGAGAGAUCUUAGUGAAGAGAGUGUCAAGACUGUUCAGAGUGAAGGAAAAAGACAGAAGAGACAUGUGGAUGAGGAUGUUGAAGACAGUGAUGCAGUGGUUCUUUCCUCUGAGUCCAUGCCAAGUAGUGAGCCUCCAUCUGGUGAUGAAAGCACCAGAACUUUACCAGGGAAGAGGAAAGUACCGCGGUGGAGAAAGAAGUACUUGGUGGCUGGGCUCUUUUCAGAUUACUAUAAAGAGGAUGAACCGAGAAGAAGGAACGGUGAAGUUUACUUGCCAAAGAACAAACUAACUUAUGAUCCAGAGGAACAUGUACAUGGCCUCCCCCCUCCUUGCUAUUGUCGUAAGUGGCUUAGAGAAAGGGAGAUUGAUUUUGUGUUACCAUAUGACCUCUGGUGGCUGCAUGAGCACAACAUGUUACCAGGAAGAGACAUUGUACCCUCUUGGAACUACAAGAAGAUCAAAUCGAAUGUAUAUUAUGAUGUCAAGCCACAUUAUGACUAUGAACUGCAGGCAUGUAAUUGCAAGCGGCCUGCUAAUCCUGAAGAACGAGGUUGUGGUGAUGACUGCAUAAACAAAAUGAUGCUGAUUGAAUGCUCUGCACAGACAUGCCCAAUUGGAGAUGCCUGUGGUAAUCAGCCCAUUCAAAGACAUGAGUACCGCACAUGCCUUCAAAGGUUCAUGACCCCUAAUAAGGGCUGGGGAAUCAGAGCAACAAUGGAAAUCAAAGGGGGAACGUUCAUCCUGGAAUAUGUUGGGGAAGUCGUGAGUGAAAAGGAAUUCAAGCACAGGAUGCAAACCAGAUAUGCAAAUGACACCCAUCAUUACUGCCUUAAUCUUGAUAGAGGAAUGGUUAUAGAUGGCCAUAGAAUGGGAGGUGAUUGCCGCUUUGUCAAUCAUUCUUGUGAUCCCAACUGUGAAAUGCAAAAGUGGUAUGUGAAUGGCCAGUAUCGCAUGGCUCUAUUUGCACUAAAGGAUGUCCAACCUGGACAAGAAUUGACAUAUGACUACAACUUUUCCCUUUUCAAUCCUGCUGAAGGACAAGAAUGCAAGUGUGGUUCAAGCAACUGUCGGGGAGUCAUUGGUGCUAAAUCACAAAGAGUAAAUGGAAUUGUGGAUGACAAAAAAAAGGUUCCAAAGAAGGAUGUUGGAAAGAAACGCAAGCGUGGAGGAACAGCCGAAGUCGAUGCAAGCUACAUUCCCCGUCCACAUUUUACUCCUAUUAAGCCCCUGUCACAUCAGCAACAGCUGUUUAUCCUCACCCAUAGAUGUUUCCUAAUACGCAACUUAGAAAAAGUAAAGAGAUUUCGUGAACGACUUGCUAGGUGUCCGAGAAGAAAGCAGAGGAGGUAUUAGAUGAUCAAGAAGAACCUAGUACAAGAGUGGAGAAAUUUCUCACUCAUUUUACAGCACUCAACACUGCCAGGUCGGUUAAGACAAGACGCUUAGCCCAGGCAGAAGAUGAUCCUGAGAUGACUCGAUUGGCAAAGUUAGCACAGA